UGCUCUUACACGAACAAGCCUCACUGCCACUGUUUUGCCAUGCUCUCAGUGACACUGUUUGGGCAACACAGACAACUGUUUUCCACCCAGUAGGUUAUCUGCUGUGUGGUUUGACUGAGCUUCUUGGAUAAAAAUGGCCAUUCGAUACAUCAAGCACAAAUACCUGUGGAUUUAUGUUUUGAAUUAUGAAAAACUGUAGAAUAAAGCAAUAAUGGAGAUUCCACCUGUGGUGAAUUUGGAGGGACAGCCAGCUUCAGGAAUACAAAAAUUAGCCUUUUCAACAACACAGGAGUUGACCUCAGAAAGCUGUGCUCUCUCAAACGGCUCAGCAGACCAUAGGGGGGAUGAUUGUCUCCCUGAAGCCCAGAGCUUGCUGUUGGAGCCAGAUGAGGACAUACACAAGCUGAAGAAGAGUUUUGUUUGUGUCAGUCAUAACAACAUUAAAUGUGCAGAAGGUGUUUGCUUACAGAAGCCAGUCAUUGUCAGUGAAACACCCCUGGACCAAAGUUCACUGUCCUCCGCUCAACUUCAAAAAGAAGGUAUAUUGUCCACAUUAUCAAAUGACAACUGCUCUUUGGUUCCUGUUCCUGCACAAGGCCAGUCAAACCAGGUGGUUCAGAAUGAUCCUGGUCAGACAGUUGACUGGAACUCUGGAUGUGUAAAAACAGACUUCAAGAGGUUCGAGCCAAUGUCAAAUGGCCAUUUCUUUAUGCCUCCGGUGGACCCGUGCCCCAUCCUCAAUGUGGACCUCACUCCUACCCUAACUGUCCCUGCGAAUGUUCCUGAUUCGAGCCAUAGAAUCCUGGAUCUCCUGCGCAUAGUGAAGCACAAACCCAGCUCCAUCACCUUCUCCCACGACACCUGUCCCUCCGGAGCCGCUCAUGCUUUUGUCAAUGAAAGUUCUGAGGAUGGAGAGUCUUCACUGGAGGAGGACGAUCACAAUGAUGAUGGUGAUGGGGAUGAUGGUGACGACGACGAUGUGUUCUCAGAGCUUCCUCAGAGUAGAGAGUAUCUUGUCAAGCACAGACAAAGGAGCACAGGCAAAGACAAACAGAAGAGGAGAGGCGCUGCGGGUGCCCGAGCAGAAAUCAAUCACACGGCCAGAAAGUCCGGUUAUGAAGCAGAGGGGGAAACCAACAGCAAGGAGGAGUCUCCACAGGUCAAGUCUCCCUGGUCGGAGUCAAUGAGCCAGCUGAUGAGGAAACUGGACCAACUUAAUCUAGACAUAGAGGAGGCUCUGAGUGCAAACUCCUCCCCCUCCAACACACCCUGCACCGCCCGCAAGAAACAGUGGGGUGCUGUCUCAAAGUCCACGUUACACCAAGCCCUGAACGACCAAGUUCUCCAAAGACCAGACAGAGGGGAAUGUCCGAGCCAGGGCAGGUCUUCUGCUCCUCGCAGCGCAAUGGGAACAAGAGCAACAACCAAGAAGACGAUGUUCAAUAAGAUGACCAACACAGCAGGGGCAGAAAUUGAGGCGAAAGAGGCGUGCGACUGGCUGCGUGCGGCAGGAUUUCCCCAGUAUGCUCAGCUCUUUGAAGAUUCCCAGUUCCCCAUUGACAUUACUCCUGUGAAAAGAGAUCAUGACUUUCUGGACAAAGAUCUCGUGGAACCUCUGUGCAGGCGACUCAACACCUUGAACAAGUGUGCCUCUAUGAAACUUGACGUGAACCUUCCGAAGAAGAAAAGUGAAGACUCUGAUGAAGAAGACCUGUUUGCUAUCAGUGAUAAAUGGACCUUUGAGUGGAGCAGCCGCCGCUGGUCCAGAUUACAGGACAUUGACUGUCUGCCGGGAAACCCGGAAGAGGGUCAGCCCUCCAGUGACGGCGUGCCUCUGAGAACCACCACCAGCAGCGAGAGCGUUCUGACAGACCUCAGCGAGCCGGAGAUCUCUUCACUGCACAGCGAGAGCAGCGGUGGCAGCGGCCAUAGGGGCUUCAGCACAGAAGAAUCUGAUUGCUCCAACCGCACAGGCUCCGAUUCUGCAGCAAUGCCAGACUCUACUUCUCUCACAAUGCCUCACCUCCCCAAAGAAAUUGCUCACUACGGCUCACUCCCUAAUAAGCACAGCAAGAUAAGCCGCACCCGUGCCAAAGACUUCUUGAAGCGCAUGGAGACACUGCGCUCCAGAGGAACCCUCGGAAGGGGUCGUAAGACGUUGGUCAUCAGCUCUCCGGUGCUGCAGGAGGAGGCCCAGGCACUGAAGACACUGCAGUGUGUCGAGAUCCUAAAUGGAGAUAGUGAGGCUCCAGAAAUAACGUCCAACAAAGUUCUGCCGUGUCAGUCCGGUAGUGAGGGUAGCAGCCAUUCUAGUGGCAGUGCUGUCAGCACACCCAGCCUGAAAGAACGUAAGGCUCACCGGGCUGACUACAAGCGCAGUGGCAUGUAUUUAGAGGACUUGGACAUCUUCUCAGGCACCCAAGUAAAUAAAGUCGCAGAACAAAACCGCAAGAAUGAAUUCUGCUCCUAUGAAGACCUGGUGGUCCACAUUCCCAAAGACCACAAGCCAGGAACCUUCCCCAAAGCACUGUCCAUAGAGAGCCUGUCCCCAACCAAUGGGGCCUCUAUCAAAUGGCACACAGGUAGCAUGCAUCUGGACUCCACACUGAUUUCAUGCAGGAAGGAAUCCAGGCCUGUCAGCCAGUGCUGCUCCAGAGGCAGCCGCAUCAGCGUGUACGAUAAUGUUCCCGGCUCGCAUCUAUACGCCAGUACUGGAGACCUGAUAGACCUGGAGAAAGAGGAUCUUUUCCCUCACCUGGACGACAUCUUGCUGCACGUCAAUGGUCUACAGCAGAUAGUGGACCAUUGGUCUAAGAAUGUGUUGCCUGUCGGAGAAGGGCCGGCGCAAGUGGACGGUGAGAGGGAACGUACAGUAGGUCAUCAGUCCUCCAGUCAGAUCACAUUGGACUUUGAAGGAAAUUCUGUCACAGAAAGCCAGACCACACCUAGUUACGGAGACAGAGACAGAGUAUCACUUGCCGAGACAGAAUCAACAAUCCUCAGGGAGAGGAGGGACUCCGGAGUGGGGGGUUCACUCACAAGGCCUAAUCGGUUACGAUGGCCCAGCUUUCAGAUAUCUAAUCGCAUAAGUCACUCAGUGGCGUCCCUGCAGAUCACCAACCAGUCAGCAGGCCAGCUGAGUUUGUUGCAGAAGUUUUCUCUACUGCGCCUUACUGCAAUCAUGGAGAAGUACUCCAUGUCUAACAAGCAUGGCUGGACCUGGUCCGUGCCAAAGUUUAUGAAGAGAAUGAAGGUACCAGACUAUAAGGAUAAGAAUGUGUUCGGCGUGCCUCUCAUAGUGCAUGUGCAGCGUUCUGGACAGCCACUGCCCCUCGGCCUGCAGCAGGCACUGCGGUACCUGAGGAGCCAGUGUCUUGACCAGGUGGGUCUCUUUCGUAAAUCAGGGGUGAAGUCUCGAAUUCAAGCUCUCAGACAGAUGAAUGAGAAUUCUCCAGACAAUGUGAACUAUGAGGAUCAGUCUGCCUACGAUGUGGCUGACAUGGUGAAGCAGUUCUUCAGGGAUCUACCUGAGCCUCUGCUCACCAGCAAGCUGGGGGAGACCUUCCUCCAUAUCUACCAAUAUGUGCCGAAGGACCAAAGGUUGCAAGCUGUCCAGGCAGCCAUCAUGUUGAUGUCAGAUGAAAACCGAGAGGUCCUGCAGACACUGCUCUGUUUCCUCAGCGAUGUCACUUCCUCUGUGGAGGAGAACCAGAUGACACCCAUGAACAUUGCUGUGUGUCUGGCCCCCUCCCUCUUUCAUCUCAACAUACUCAAGAAAGACAAUCUCUCACCAAGGGCCAUGCAGAAGAAGUAUGCCACUGGCAGACCAGACCAGAAGGAUCUGAAUGAAAACUUAGCAGCAACACAGGGCCUCGCUCAUAUGAUCAUAGAAUGCAACCGUCUCUUUGAGAUCCCCCAUGAGAUGGUUACUCAGUCGCGUAAUUCAUACGUGGAGGCUGACUUGCAUGCACCAACAAUUGAUGAGCUGUGCAAGCAGCUGGAGAAUCGUGAUGGAACGUACCAAACUCAUAUGGAGGGAAGACUUCAGAACCAGCUCAAAGAGGCCCGGGAAAAGUCCAAAUACUGGGUCUCCUGCAGCAGCUCUGAUAACACAGAGCUCUACUAUAAGAAGGUGGGAGAUGGGAACCCUUUGAGACGCUGGCGAGUGUCUGUGGAGGUAGAAGCACCACCAUCUGUAGUGCUGAAUCGUGUGCUGCGAGAGCGCCACCUGUGGGAUGUGGACCUGCUGCAGUGGAAAGUGUGUGAGACACUGGACAAGCAGACAGAGGUGUUUCAGUAUGUCCUCAAUCGCAUGCCCCCUCAUCCCAGCAGGGACUUUGUAGUACUCAGGUCAUGGAGGACAGACUUGCCCAAAGGUGCCUGCUCCCUGGUUUCUGUGUCGAUAGAGCAUGAGGAUUGUCCUCCUGUUGGAGGGGUACGGGCUAUAGUCCUGGAGUCCAACUACCUGCUAGAGCCCUGCGGCUCAGGAAAGUCCAGACUAACUCACAUCUGCAGAGUGGACUUGAAGGGAAGGACUCCAGACUGGUACAACAAAGCCUUUGGUCACCUUUGUGCCGCAGAAGCUGCAAGGAUCCGCAACUCCUUUCAGCCGCUAAUCACAGACGGCCCAGAGACCAAAAUCUGAAAUUCUUUGCCCAGUGUGUCUGCUCAGCCUUGAGAUCAAGAUUGAGCCUUUGAGUCAUUGCUAACAGGCAGAUACAAAGCAUAGACAAGGCCCCAGAACUAAAGCACAGUUUGUUACGUUUGUUUUUCUAGAGUAUAAAGGCUCUGAAAUUGAUUUUGAGCUCCUCUGUACUUGCACAAUGACAAAAGAGGACAUCUUAUAGGUGCUAAGCAUAAUUACUCAAUGGGAAAUUAAUCAUCCUGCCAAUGUCCUUAGCAUUAGGAUUUUAUUUACCUUGAUGUUGCUUAACUUGUAUAUUGUAUGAUAAUUAUUAUCUUUAAUAAUAUUGGAUUACUGUUACUUUAAUCUACAAUGUCUAGGACAUUCAAGCUCUUAAACGCUUCUGGGAAGCAUGUAUAUGUUAUUCAUUUCAGAUCAUUUUAAGCUAUAGUUAUUAUGAUGUAGACUCAAGUGUCUGUAUAUAUAUAUAUAUAUAUAUAUAUAUAUAUAUAUGUGUGUGUGAAUAUACUGUACAUGCAAGCAAAAUGUUUAUAUUGUAUAUAUGUGAAGGGAUAAAUAGUUCAUAUGUUAAUAUCCUAUAUAUUGAUUAUUUCACUGUGUCAACCUUCCUGUAGUACACAUGGUACACAAUUGUAAGCUGGUUUUACUUUGCUUCAGUAUUGCCAUUUUGGAAUGAGUGUAAUUUUAUUGAACUUUGACCUCCCAUGGUUGUGAAAAGAAUGACUUAAGGUUUGACUUGUUCAUACCUGCUUAAGGGUACUGGAUUGUGCAGUCAAGUACAAAAGACAUCAUUUUUUAAUAAAACUAUCAAAAUGA